GCGUCACUGACUGAAUGUCAUUCGAUUUAUAAAUACGUUUCAGCUCCAGAAAUAGGUGGCUACAGGUUUUCCAGGCGUACAGACGAAAAUAAAGUAGCCUGGAUUCGGUUAACAAUAUUAUUGUCUCGAGCCCAUCGUUCGUGCUACGUUCAAUAGUGAGUGACACCGCUUUCGCUUCGCCAUUAUCUUAUUUUCAUUCCCACAUAUUUGUUGUUUUUUUUUUUAUUGUGACGCUAUGGAUGAUGACGAUAUGCAACAGUUUUCUUUGCGCUGGCAUAAUCAUCAGGUAGAACAGCGUCAUCGGAGCCCUAGGCCGCAUGCUGAGUACCGGAUCCCUGACUGACGUCACCCUAAACGCGAGUGGGACUUCAUUGAAAGCUCACAGAUUGGUGUUGGCAUCUUGUAGCCAAUAUUUUGCUCAAUUAUUCAAGGAACUGGAAGCUGAAAAUAACACAGUGGUAGUGGUCCUCGGGUGCGAAGCGACGGAAUUGAGACUACUCCUCACUUUUAUGUACACGGGUGAAGUUACCGCAUCAAAGAAAGUCCUGCCUUCACUGUUAAGACUUGCCCAGACACUGAAAGUGUCCGGACUUACCGACGCCGAUACAAACUCGACAUUAACCCCCACUGAAACCGAAUCAACCGAGGAAACUUCCCCCAUCAACUUGGAAAACAAACGCGAACUGAAUCAGUACCCCAACAUUGCCAACGAAAGCAUUAUCAUCAACGAAAACUCUGAUAGCAACUCUAAACUGAACUAUGAAGAUCUUACAUCACCACAGGAUGCUGGAGAAGCGAAUUUAAUCAAUGAUAAUGCUGACUUUAUCAGGGAAAAGGAUAGAUUAAGUAAAUUGGAUCAGAUCGUCCAAAAUUUGUAUAGCACCCACAAGAUUGGAAGCCCAGCUAUUUCGACGGCUCAGACUAUUUCCAAUUUAGCGCCACAGGAUUCGUACGAUCGCAAAUGGCGGAUGAACAGUUCGGUUUGUACUAUAUGCAACAAGAGAUUAAGCAAUCAAUACAACCUGCGCGUGCACAUGGAGACGCAUGCGGGCCGGCGGCACGCAUGCCGCGCAUGCAGUCACGUGUCAAGGUCACGUGACGCGCUGAGGAAGCACGUCGCGUACAGGCACGCGCAUCAGCCGCGAGAGAGGGCCGAUUUGUGACUAAAGUCACUCUAGCUGUGCUCACUUGAUCGGUCUUACCACAAAAAAGUUAAACUUGCUAUAGACAGGUGUUAAAUACAUAUUUAGAGGUGCGUAUGUAUAGUAAAUUACAAAAGGGUAUCUAACAUCUGUUUAUGUCUGAACAAAAGAAAGUCUGUCUUAUUAAAAAAAAAUAUCUUAAAAGGUGUUCAAUGAAAUGUAUAUUUUAGCACAUAAAAUUACAUAUAAACAUUAUAACACGGACCAAACAAUGUUUAAUCAGUUAAACAGUGUUUUGUUAAACAUUGUUUAGAUAGACAGUGUUUUAAAUUAUUUUUGUGGCAAGACCGUGAGAACUCAGUGCACUGAUUACGUAUCUCGUAAACAGUAGACGACAUUACUCGAUAUUUGCUGACAAUCUUUAUAUUCGACAUAUUUUGUUUCGACAUGAUUUACUGAUCGAUUUAUUAACUAAAAUUGCUAUUAUGAAUUAGUUCUAUCAAUUGCCACUUGACUAUUGACUUGAAUGGCAAUUUAGCGAUUACGGAGCAAUCAUGCUACCUAAUACCAUUAUUUUGCUUGCUUUUAAGCACAACCAUCACUGAGCUGUAGCCUAUUUGGGUCACUGCGACACACAUGGCGAAACCAUAUUUUCAUAUUUUGUUGUAUAUUUUAAAAUGUGUAAAUAAUUUAAUUGUAUAAACUCAUUUAUAAAUUAACGUGUGUCAUAAAUGGCUCAAAUAAAAAGCUUAUCUAUCUAUCUAUCUAUUUUUGACAAUUAGCAAGUAAAGAAAGUAAUAGCUCAAUGUUUAUAAAAUACGUAAUCAGCUUACUGUUCACGCCAAUAAAAUCCAAUGAACUGAUUCUCAUUUUAUACCUGAAGAUGUGGGUAUAUGGGAGUUUGCUUAAAAUACUAAAAUAUUUACGGUAGGAAUGAUUCUGAGGUGUCUCUUCUUUAAACCGUAUGUCUAAAGGUUUGCUGGAAGAGAGUUUAAGAAUUAACAGAGUUAAGCUCGCCUGUUAUACAUCUUCAUUUAAUAUAGACUUUAACUAUGUAAUUUUUGUGUACAAUAAAUUACAACUAAUAAUAAUAAUAAUAAAAUUAGAACUUCAAAUUGUUAUCACAACGACAUCUUUAUUCUAAGCACUAAAAUCCGGGGAACUUCGUACCACCUAUUUUUCUAAAUUUUUUUUGUGUGUGUUUCCGAGAUUUUAAUAGAUAGUUAUUCUACUAUUCGAUGCGAUGAUGAAUCCAGCAAAUCAUAGAUUAUCAAAAUCUGUCCAGCCGUUCUGAAGUUAUAAGUAUUGUAAUAUAUCCAUCCCCAAACUCUUGAUCCUAAAUAGUCACGGACAGUGCGGUUUCAGAGAAACUCUCCCAUGAACACUCAGGUUGUGGAAUGAGCUCCCUGCCGAGGUAUUCACUAGAGACUACAGCAUGGGGUUCUUCAAAAAGGGUAUAUUAAGGUUUCUUCAGAGUCAGCAAUAUGUAUGUGACCCCCCUAGUGUUGCAGGUGUCCGUAGGCUAAAGUGACCGUUCACAAUCAGUCGGGCUGUAUGCUUGUUUGCCACCUUUAUGAUAUAAAAAGAAAGUAUAACUAACCCGACAUUGUUUAAUUCAUAUAGAUUUACUUUAUAAUGGUCCAUAAAAUAGUAAUUUCGCAAAAUUAUUAUAUCAAAUUAAAAUAUUAGGUUUAAAGAAAUGGCGCUUCCGAAUCGAAUCCCUAACAUUAUAUACUUACUUUUUAAUGAAACAUAAAACUUCCAUGUACUGAGCUGAAAACUGACAGAACAAAUUUUCCAAGAAGUGAAUUUAUUAAUAACAAAUUCUCACCACUUCCAUGGAACUUUUUGAUUUAUCGACUUACUUACAUGAGCAUAGAUUAAUUAAUUAUUUAUAGAACAUGUAGGUAUGUCUCGUAAUAUAAAGUCGUCUAUGUAAGAUACGAUAAAUUAUCUACACGCACUUUUCUAUAUCUAUGGUGUCUAUAUUUACUUGAUAAAAUAAUUGGUACCUAAAUAGAAAAAAAAUUGAACUUUUGGUAUAUCGAAAUUAUUAUGAAAUAAAUACUUCAUUUUAGGAAAACGACUGGAAUCUUCUGAUAUUUUCAACCGACCUCAAAAAUAAGGAGGUCAUAACUCUGUCAAUUAUCAACCUAUUUGGGAACUCUUUUUUAUCUACAAGUACUUACAGAUUGGUCCCACCUUCGUCAGUUAUCAACCUAUUUGGGAAUUCUUUUUUAUCUACAAGUACUUACAGAUUGGUCCCAUCUCCAUCAAUUAUCAACUUAUUUGGGAAUUAUUUUUUAUCUAAAAGAAUAGGUACUUACAGAUUGGUCCCAUAUUUUUUUUUAUCAAAAUCAAUUUAGUAGUUUAGAUUUUAAAUCAAAAUAACUAGUGUUGUCACUAUGGAAGUCAUUUUUUUGCGGACCAUAAUCUUAAAAUAUUUAAAAAAACUUGUCACUUACAAAGGGUAAGUCGAAUCAUUAUAAUGAUUAAUAUGAGAAUAAAGUCAAACCAGUUAUCUUCCAGGUUUAGGACGAUAAUUUCCAGAGGGAGCCACAUGGGGUUAGACCUGACUAUAUUGCUAGCAAUAUGGCCGCUAGUACCCAUAAUUGACAAUUCCCUCCCACAUUGGUGUAAAAUAGAUUAAGUACAUAAUAUCACGGAGUCACCUGUCUAGAUGGAUCAGUCGAUUUUCCUUAACCAUGAAGUAUGUCUCCCACCGAAAACUUACAGUAACUUCAAAAGACAUUAAUAUUAUACGUAUUAAUCAUUAUUAAAGUUUUUGCAAUUAAACGAAUCGACCAAAUUAUAUGAAGUUUACCAGAGAGAUGGCAUGAAGCUCAAAAAUGAACAUAGAAAAGCAUCUCUUGGGUCAAAAUAAAUUAACCAAAUAGUUUGAGGUCACACACAUCAGAAUUAUCAAAAAAGUUUGAAAUAUUAUAAUUAUAUAUGUCGGGUUUACUCACGUUUUAAAUUUUAAGAUCUCCGACUAGUUUUGAACUCAACAGAAGCCCAUAUUCAUAAUAAAGCCAACAUAAAUAAAUACAAUACAUUAUGACUCAUGAUAGUUAUUAUUUAUAUAUUAUAAUAUUUAUAUAUUAUAUGAUCUAAAAUUAUAAUCAUCCUCUUCAUAUCAGCCUUUAACUGCCCACUGCUGGACAUAAACCUCUCUCUUAGGGGAUUUUGCUAGUAGUUGCCACGCUUGGCAACCGCAGUUAGGCUUUAGAGAUGUUUUAAGAGGGACGCUGCUGCCCAUCCCUCGCCCUGCCUUAGUCGGUUCUUAAGACACCCAAGGGAAAGGAAGGUGUGGCCUAUUCUACGCCAGGACCAUACAGCGAUCCGUUUCUUAUGCACGUAUAUCAUCUUGUCUUAUUAACAAUUAUUUCACUUAAAAGACAUAUUGCAAUUAUUUGUUGAUAAUUAUAAAUAAAAACGGGCUAUUAUAAAUAUAUUAUAAUUAAAUUUAUUUAAUAUUAUUUAAAUUUAUAAAUUUAUUUAUUAGAUAUAAUAUCGUAAGUUUGAUACAUAGAUUAUAUAGAUAGAGUAUCGAGCCUCAAAAACGGGUCAACUUUUUGUCAGCUAAUUGUCAAAUUAGCUGACUCGUUUUUUUUUAUUAAUUUUCUAUUUAUUUACGCACAGAAUGUAUUUUAAUGUAUCUAUAUUUAAUUAUUUAAUAAAUAAAAUGGGUGUUUACGCAUUAAAAAGGCAGAAUUUAUAAGACAAAAUAAAUAUAAAAGUUACAAAGGAAACAUUCAUAACUAUUUACCACGCAAAAUUGUAUGAAAAAGUUGACCUGCUUUUCUCGAAGCAUUUGUAUGGAGACACUAUCUAUAUAAUCUAAGAUUUGAUAUUACUUUUCCUCAAUAUCAAAGACAUUCGGGACUGUUUCGAAUGAACCUAAUCAAGUAUUCGAUGUUCAGAAUUAACAAAAAGCUAUUGAUAAUAUUAAGGUAUUUAUGGGGAGAAGGAAUUGUUAGUAACAGGAUUUAACAGGCCCAUUGCUAUAUACCCUAUCAGGUCAACCUCUAGCGUUCCCUUGGAAACCAUCGUGGUUAAUGCUUGUGUAAUUCGUCACAAUGGGCGAACUGGCCUGCUUUUAUCCUUACCCAUCAUCUCUCACUGGUGCCUCGCUAGCGAAUACCGAUAGCGCAUGUGGGGUUACCAUUCCAUUUUCACUCAUAAAAAAAUAAUAAGCGUAUAAAUAUGUUAAUCUAGUUAUUUUACUUUUUAAGUACAAAUAUGUAUUUAUUCAUAUGUUCCUAUUUAUGUAACGUUAAGUAUCAGACAUCAACAUAAUCUACAAUUUUAUUAGAUGACGCCACGAAAUACGGGUUUUGUUAAAAGUUACUAUUUAUUCGUUUUAUAGCCGCCAUAUUGUUUUUCUACGUGACAUAAAAUGUCCGACACGCCAUACAUAUGUGAACCAAGUAUGAACUAUACAAAUGUAGAUUAAUAAUUCACAGCACAGGCGAGCUGUAAAAAUAUAUAAAUACUUAGAUUAUAUAGAUAGUGUCUCCAUAGAAAUCAACUUUUUCAUACAAUUUUGCGUGAUAAAUAGUGAUGAGUGAUUAUUCUUUUAAACUUCUAUAUUAUUUUUUUCUUAUAAAUUCUGUAUCUUUUUAAUGCGUUACUCAUUUUAUUUAUUAAUUAAUACAUCAAGAUACAUUGUAUGCGUAAGUAUAUAUAAAACAGGUAAAAAAAAAACGAGCCAGCUAAUUUAACAAUUAGCUGACAAAAAUUCGAGCCGUUUUUGAGGCUCAAUGCUCUAUCUAUAUAAUCUAAUAUAAAUUCUAUUACUAGACAUUAAUUCUAAAAAUAUAUAAAUAGUACAUUGAUGUUAACAAAUAUCUAAAUACAGUUAAUUCUGUGAUAUUGAAGUUUAAGAUGUUGCUGUGACAAAAUUAUCAAAUUCCGUAAUUUAUUAUGAAGAUUCAGUUCAUAAAAAUGUCAAAUUUCAAAAAUAGAUAAUUGUAGAACAUAACGUAAAAUUAGUUUUUUUUUUUUUUUUAAUUGUUUGCCCAUGAAUAGAGUAAGCUAAAAUCAUUAAGACUCUACUACCUUGUCUUAAGUAAUAUUCGUGUUCGGCUCGUGUUCAGCUACUUUUUUUUCCUUUGUAGAAUAUCAAAUGUAUGCAUAUAUAUUAUUUAUGCAACACUUUUAAAGAUGGUUUACAAAAAACACAUUCUGUUGCAAUCUUCUAUCUAUGGAACUAUGUUUUUUUUUUAACUUCUGAACAGUCAUUAUAAUAAUUUAAAUAACAACAUAUGUCACAGAAACAUUUUUACUUAUUGUUUUUUUUUUUUUUCAAAUUGUUCUAGUCUAUUAUUGUUAUAUUGUUAUUAUAUUAUUUAUUUAUUAAAACUGGAAGUGAUGUAAUAUAAUAAUUAUUUCUAUUUUAACUGUUAUAACAUUACUAGUAUAAGACAAUAAAAAGACAUUAGAAGAAAGACAAUUUAUAUAUAAUAAAUAUUAAUAUACUUAUUUACAGUUUUUUUUUUUUAAGUUCGUAAUCCCAAACAAGGUCUGGGUAUAAAUAACAAACUCCUAAUGUACAUUUCUAAAAUAUAAAAUUAAUUAUGACGGAAGGUUAUUGACCUACACGCGAACAGUGUUGCGGGCAUAAAUAAUCGUAACUAAUUAAUAUUAUAAAUGUGAAAGUGAGUUCGUUUAUUCCCUCUUGCCACCUAAACGGCUCUAACAAUUGUCAUAUUUGGUGUAGGUAUACAUACAUAUGCUGUAUGGGAUAGAGGACUAUUCCGGUCAAGCGAACGAAGCCGGGGGUAAUAACUAAUAUAAAAAAAGAUUUACAUUUUUAAUAUAAUAGUUGAACAAACUACAAUAAUAUGUACUUUAAUUAUAUUUUGUUCUUGCAAAAAUGCAAGAUUUAUAACUUAAACCUAGCUAGCAAAAGCCAAGGUAUGGAAUCCUCUCCUGGUGUCUAUAAUUCCCUAAUCAUAUAAUCAUAUAAGUAUAUAAUAUGGGUUUGCGUCCAUCGUUUUCGAUUUAUAUUAUAGUACGUUAUACUGUCUAUGGUUUUAUAGCAAUUCAU